GGCGGGCCGCGUUGGUGGGGCCCGGGCCUGAGAGCUCUUCGCGAGAGCUGCAGGGUCCUUGUCGGAGCGGUUCGAGGGGGCGGCAGGCAGGCUGGAGAUUAGAUUUGUAACUACAUUUCGGAUUUGCUCCACGAAGCACAAUGUCUCGUUCACGACCACCCCCCCUUGUGACAGGCAUCUCUCCCAAUGAAGGAAUACCGUGGACCAAGACAUGACUAAGUCUUACCAUUGUUCUUUUGAACUUUGUCAUAUGUAUGCUUUUAUUUUCAGGUUUGACAAUUUGUGGACAUAAUUGCCUCCUGACAGCGGAAUGGAUGUCUGCAAGUAAAAUAGUAUGUCGAGUGGGACAAGCCAAAAAUGACAAAGGAGACAUAAUUGUCACAACCAAGUCAGGUGGCAAAGGAACCUCAACAGUCUCUUUCAAGCUACUCAAACCUGAAAAAAUAGGUAUUUUGGACCAGUCUGCUGUGUGGGUUGAUGAAAUGAAUUAUUAUGAUAUGCGGACUGACAGGAAUAAAGGAAUUCCUCCCCUGUCCCUACGUCCUGCUAAUCCGCUUGGCACUGAGAUUGAAAAAAGUAAAUUUCCUCAGAAGGACUUGGAGAUGCUGUUCCCCGGAAUGAGUGCUGACUUCACAAGUGAGAAUUUUUCAGCUGCCUGGUAUCUUAUAGAGAACCACUCAACCACCAGCUUUGAACAGCUCAAAAUGGCCGUCACCCACCUGAAGAGACAGGCUAACAAGAAGAGUGAAGGCAGCCUGGCGUAUGUGAAAGGGGGUCUUAGUACUUUCUUUGAAGCCCAGGAUGCUCUUUCAGCCAUCCAUCAAAAACUAGAAGCGGAUGGAACGGAAAAAGUAGAAGGAUCCAUGACGCAAAAACUGGAGAAUGUUCUGAACAGAGCAAGCAAUACUGCGGACACAUUAUUUCAAGAAGUGUUAGGUCGAAAGGACAAAGCAGAUUCUACUAGAAAUGCACUCAAUGUGCUCCAGCGAUUUAAGUUUCUUUUCAACCUUCCUCUAAAUAUUGAAAGGAAUAUCCAAAAGGGUGAUUAUGAUGUGGUUAUUAAUGAUUAUGAAAAGGCCAAGUCACUCUUUGGGAAAACGGAGGUACAAGUUUUCAAGAAAUAUUACGCUGAAGUAGAAACACGGAUUGAAGCUUUAAGAGAAUUGCUUCUGGAUAAAUUGCUUGAGACACCAUCAACCUUACAUGACCAAAAACGUUAUAUAAGGUACCUGUCUGACCUUCACGCGCCGGGCGACCCUGCAUGGCAGUGCAUCGGAGCGCAGCACAGCUGGAUCCUACAGCGCAUGCACAGCUGCAAAGAGGCCUGCGUGCAAGACCUGAAAGGUCCUCCAGGCCUUCACAGUCCCAUGCUGGAUCUGGACAGCGAUGUACGUCCCUCAGUUCUGGGUCAUCUUAGUCAGACAGCUUCACUGAAAAGGGGCAGCAGCUUUCAGUCUGGUCGAGAUGACACAUGGAGAUACAAAACUCCCCACCAGGUGGCAUUUGUUGAAAAAUUGACCAAGCUUGUUUUAAGUCAGCUGCCUAACUUCUGGAAACUCUGGAUUUCAUAUGUUAAUGGAAGCCUUUUCAGUGAGACUGCUGAGAAGUCAGGCCAGAUUGAAAGAUCAAAGAAUGUAAGGCAAAGACAAAAUGAUUUUAAGAAAAUGAUUCAGGAAGUCAUGCACUGUCUUGUGAAGCUGGUCCGUGGAGCAUUGCUCCCCCUGAGUAUCUCCGAGGGCGGGGUGAGGCAGUAUGGAGGCUGGGAGGUGAAGUCUGAGCUCUCUGGACAGUGGCUCAUUCAUGUCAUCCAGACCAUGAGGCUUACUUAUGAAUCAUUGACUGCCCUCGAAAUUCCUAAUGAUAUGUUACAGACUAUCCAGGACCUCAUCUUGGAUCUCCGAGUACGUUGUGUGAUGGUCACACUGCAGAACGCAGCAGAAGAAAUAAAGAGAUUAGCUGAAAAAGAAGACUGGAUUGUCGAUAAUGAAGGACUGACUUCUCUAGUAAGUUUAAAUUCUAUUAAAUGAUAAAUUAUUGGUAUACUGGGCUGCCCUCCAGGUCAAGCUGUUGUCUUUCAACAACCUAAAACACAGGAGGAGGUGUGCCAGCUGAGCAUCAAUAUCAUGCAGAUUUUUAUAUAUUGUCUGGAACAGUUGAGCACCAAACCUGAUGCAGAUGUAGAUACUACACAUCUUUCCAUUGAUGUUUCUUCUCCCGAUUUGUUUGGAAGUAUCCAUGAAGACUUCAGUCUGACUUCUGAACAGCAACUUUUGAUAGUCCUAAGUAAUUGCUGCUACCUGGAACGUCACACCUUCCUAAAUAUAGCAGAUCAUUUUGAAAAGCACAACUUCCAGGGAAUAGAAAAAAUAACACAGGUUAGCAUGGCCUCAUUGAAAGAAUUAGACCAAAGACUCUUUGAGAAUUACAUUGAGUUGAAAGCAGAUCCCAUCGUUGGCUCCUUAGAACCUGGAAUUUACGCAGGCUAUUUUGACUGGAAAGACUGCCUGCCUCCAACAGGUGUCAGAAACUAUUUAAAAGAAGCAUUGGUGAAUAUAAUUGCAGUGCAUGCAGAGGUGUUUACUAUUUCCAAAGAACUGGUGCCUCGGGUCCUAUCCAAGGUAGUGGAAGCAGUUUCGGAAGAGCUAAGUCGACUUAUGCAGUGUGUUUCAUCCUUCAGCAAAAAUGGAGCAUUACAGGCAAGGCUUGAAAUCUGUGCUUUGAGGGACACUGUGGCUGCUUACCUGACGCCCGAGAGCAGGUCGAGUUUUAAACAGGCUUUGGAAGCCCUGCCUCAGCUUUCCAGUGGAGCAGAUAAAAAGUUGCUGGAGGAGCUGUUGAACAAGUUCAAGAGUGGCAUGCACCUGCAGCUCACCUGUUUCCAAGCUGCUGCUUCAACCGUGAUGAAAACAUAAUCCCUCCAAAAUCAGGGCAGUCCGAAGAUAACGAGUGAAUAAAGUUACUUUCUUAAGUGCCCUCCAAGGAUCUGUAUAGAAACCUUUGGGUUUGUGAUUUCUCUCUCUCUCUCUCUCUCUCUCUCUCUCUCUCUCUCUCUUUUUCCCCCUGAAUUGGUAGCUUAGAUGUUGGUAUAUGUUUUAUUUCAACCAAAAUAGCUUUAUUUGAAAUGCCCAAGCAGUGUUUGUCUUGUCAAUUUUAUUACAUUAUGUCUGUAUGACUUUAAAAUACUUUAAAUAUAUACAUUUUUUUCUUAACUGUUUCAUGGUAAAUGCCGCAAGAAGACUUACUUUUUUCAGAGAGUGUUUUUGAGAUGGCCUGUGAUGUAUACUAAAGCAUUUUUCAGUGUCUCAUUUAUUAGAACUUUAGUGUCAGCAGCUUCCAAGGCACAUGGACAGACAUAAGAAGAGAAUUGAAAAGUUAUAUUUAGACAUCCUUGGAGCUUUAACUCUCCUGAGCUGUACUUAAAAACUUUAUUUCAUACAAAUUGCUCUAACUCCUAAUUCAAGUAGAUUUUUAGAAAAAUUUGUGAUCUGCAUUAAGAAAUGUAAUAUUUAGGGUAGAUUAUUUGUGAUCCAGAUGUCCAUAAGUUAUCUUUGCAUUUUGCUGUCUAAUUUUUAAUUUUCACAGUUCUAAACAUAAAGCAUCUUUUCAGUGUAGCGUUUUUUGGUUGUCUCACCACUCUUAAUUUGAAGUGUCCCUUCACGUGGCUGGUUGCCUGUCCCAUAGGCCCCUUGCCCCAUGUGAUGAAGCUUGGAUGCUAGUAAGGACUGUCAGGCACAGCUGCACGGUCCUAAAGAACCCCCAGGCCCAGGCAGUCUGCUCCUUCCCCUCUGGCAGUCCCUUUUCUCUUCACUUCUUAACCUCUCGGUUGCUGAGCGAAGGCUGCCCUGGCAGAGUCCAUGUUUUCUAAAGAUGCAAAGGCGCUCCUUGGUCACUAUGCAGUAGUAGGAGCUGUCGAUGAAGCAUGGCCGUUUGUUCAGGUCGUGGUGAGGUCUUUCAAAGUCGGCUUCCCCCACCUAACUUCAUCGUACUAUUUGCUUUAGAAAACUAAGUGAUUCUCUAUUUUAGUCUGCUUGUCCAGGUUUUCAAAUUUUUCUGUGGGUGUCACAGAAUCCCCUGUUUUUAAUGCUGAAAUUAAUCUUUAGUAGUACAUGUAAUUUUAGAUACAGUAUAACCAUAUACAGUAUCCAUUAUUUGAAAUGAGUCAGUGUUGUGUUUGUUCAUUUGAUGUACAAGGGAAGUCAUAGUCUCUGGGAGUGAAAGUUUAAUCUUUUACAAAUGUGCUUGAUAACGCUUACUAAAAAAUACACGGAAUAUUGUCUCUCCUAAGCAUGUUAACCAUUGUCUCUAAUAUGACCACAAAUUAAAUUACAAAAAUGCAAUCCUAUUUGUGUUAUUUUAAAUAUCUAGUAUGGAGCAUUCAGCCAAGAAUGUGUCUUCUCAUACUUACCUGGCAGGGGAGAUACCAUGAUCACGAAGGUGGUUUUCCCAGGACGAGGCUUAUUCAUUGCACUCCGGAUGUGCUGACCCCUGCGAUUUCCCCAAAUGUGGGAAACUCGACUGCAUAAUUUGUGGUAGUGGGGGACUGCGUUCGCGCUCUCCC